AUGGACGCUUUGUGUGUUGCUGCUCACACUUUCUAUUCUUCUUCAUCGUAUUCGCUUGUCGCAAAUGCCCGCUUAUCCUAUGCACGAAGCCUUAACAUGCGCACCUCCCAGCUCCCCGCAUUCCGACCUCCGUCCCAUGUCUCGACCUAUUCCCGAUCUCGACCCUUUGCCUCUCGUAAACCCCACAGGUCUCGCAUCUUCCUUCCACUCGUUGUUGCUUCAAUGGAGCAAGUGGAAGAGACUUAUAUCAUGAUUAAGCCAGAUGGAGUUCAACGUGGUCUUGAGCAUUAUAAGGAUCUGCAAUCAAGACCAUUCUUCCCCAAAUUGACCAACUACAUUACUUCUGGCCCUGUUGUUUGUAUGGCCUGGGAGGGCGUGGGUAUUGUAGCCUCAGCCCGCAAAUUGAUUGGAGCUACAAAUCCUCUAGAUGCGAAGCCCGGCACGAUUAGAGGAGAUCUUGCUGUUCAUACUGGAAGGAAUGUGGUUCAUGGAAGUGACAGUCCUGAAAAUGGCAAACGGGAAAUAGAGUUCGCUUUUUUACUCGUGUUGUGUUGGUGGGAUCCGGAAGGAUUAGGGCCGGGAGAGAGGAAAAUGGGCGCUCUGUGUGUUGUUGCUCACACUCUCUAUUCUUCUUCAUCUUCUUCGCUUGCCGCAAAUGCACAGGAAUUUCCAAUCGUCCCAUGUCUUGACCUAUUUCGGGUCUCGCCCCUUUGCCUCCCGCAAACCCCACAGGCCACAUCUUCCUUUUACUCGAGCAAGUGGAAGAGACUUAUAUCAAGAUUAGGCCAGAUGGAGUACAUCAUGGUCCUGGAGGGCGUGGGUAUUGUACCCUCAGCCCGCAAAUUGAUUGGAGAUGCGAAGCCCGGCACAAUUAGAGGAGAUCUUGAUGUUCAUACUGGAAGGAAUGUGGUUCAUGGAAGUGACAUUCCAGAAAAUGGCAAACGGGAAAUAGCUUUGUGGUUCAAAGAAGGAGAACUGUGCGAAAGGACACCUACACAAGAAUCGUGGGUUAAGGAGUAA